AUGGUUAAAAAAUAUGUUUCUAGACGAUUGAAAGACAAGGAUCUUGGGUUCAAACAUUUUAAAAGUACAAAGCUGAUAGAUAAUACUGUACGAACAUCAAUUGAACAUGUAUCAACAACAAUAGAAAAAAAACUAAGAUUAUCUCGUGCUCAGCUUCUUAGUAAAUCAACUGCCACAACACAAACCACUAUUGAAGAUGAAGAUGAAUCAGUAUCAUAUGAUAUUCCAUACACAAAUGUUAAUAUUAUCGUUAGCAUCAACAUGAUACUGGAUUUGGUUAAUAAACUUCGUUGUCCUUCAUGUGGUCGUGUUGGGAAAAUGUCUGAGAAAGUUACUCAACGUCGUGGUCUCUUAUACCAUAUCACAUUUUCAUGUAAGUGUUCAUAUGAAACACAUUUUAAAAAUUCAACAGAAUUGGUUCAUUCAUCUACUUCACGUAUGGAUGAACUCAAUAUGAUGGCAUGUGUAGCAGCUAAUGUUGUUGGAAU